GAGACGGUGCAUCGCGCGGUGCGAUUUCUCCAGCUGAAAUUUCGCGCCGGCCGAGGAGUAUCGCUAUUUUGAGUGCCGGUGAUACCGAGAUCGAUUGUGACAAAAUCGAACUUGGCCCGGAGAUGUGACGGAUUCCUAACGGCGACCUUGGCGGGAUGAUGGAUCUUGACGCAGCGGUGUCUUAAGCUCGCGAAAGAUCCAGGAAGACAGACGAUCAUGGAACUCACGUCAGAAAGAGGACUGCAGGAUCGCGCGGAUUAAGUGCCACCAUGGCGACGGGAUGGAGAUGGGUGCUGCUGAUCCUGACGAUCGUCUGGACGGUGAGCGACGGCUAUCUGACGGUGCUGCCGUCCGGGACGCCCGUCGGCACCGUCGUCUUCGAAGCCGGGGUGCCGCAGCUGGGCGGUCGCCGGAAAUACGAGGCGUCCAGCGAGCGCACCGCCUGGUUCGCCCGGAAGCUUCUCAAGGUACACCCGCACACGGGCCGCGUGACCGUGGCGAAGACGCUGAGCUGCGACGGUCUUCAAUAUCCGCGCGUCUUCACCUUCUACGUCGACUCGACGAGCUCGCGCCUCGGCAGAUCCACCAUCGACUACUACAGCUUGCCGCUGAGGAUCCUCAUCACCGGAUGCGGCAACGAGAAUCGCGAUCUGAUGGCCACGAGAAACUGGAUGGCGGAGACGCUGGCAUCCUACGCGAUGCCUAGCACGGACAGAUUCACCGAGGUUUGCCUGCGAACGUCUCAACUAGUGGCACCUCUCCGCGACUUCUUGCCGCAGACAGCGUUGAAGAAGUGCGAAAUCAGAUGGAGCGGGGUGGCGGAUCCGAAGUUUCUUGUGGAAGGCGCCGCCGGAGACUUGGUCUCCGCUACGAAGCAGUGCCUGGUGGAUCCGUUGUGGAAGAUCUCGGUCAACAUGAAUCUACGUUGCACGGGUGACUCGCGUUUAGUCGAUGUUGAGCAUCGGUUGAAGAUCGUGUUCCAUCAUCAUCAGCUGGACGACACCGAUCUGGGUAGAAGAGUGAGACGAGAACUGAAGAACCACUCGCCGUCCUUCGUUAACCAGUUUUACACCGCAGUGGUGGACGAGGAAAAGGAACCAGAAACCUUCGUAUAUAUGCUGACGGCGAGGGAUCCCGAACACGGCGCCCUUCGAUACUCUAUGAGUUCGCUGAUCGACGCGAGGUCGCAGGCGCUAUUUGCUCUCGAUCCUGUCACCGGAAACGUGACGACUCGCGCCAGAUUGGACAGGGAGAACCUCGACGUGCAUUAUUUCCGGGUGAUAGUAGUGGACGACUCAUUUCCUCCGCGCUCUGGGUCGACGACUCUUCAAGUUAAUGUGAUAGAUGUGAAUGAUCACGCUCCGAACUUUGAAUUGUCGCAAUAUGAUGCACCGGUGCCAGAAGGUAUCACUGUGGGCACCACAGUAAUCACUGUCAAAGCCACGGAUCAGGACAUCGGUAGAAAUGCCGAAGUAGAAUAUUCUAUCGUUUCCAUUACUGCCGGUGGGAGCACAAUACAAACAGAAGACACAGCGUCUUUCAGGAUUGACCCCAGAUCCGGUGUGAUCACUACGCGGACCGCGCUCGACCGCGAGCAAUACGAAAUCUACAAAAUUGUGCUGGGUGUCACGGAUCAGGCGACGCCACCCUCGGCGCGGCUUAGCGCGAACGCGACCGUAGUGGUGCAUGUGCUGGACGAUAACGAUAAUUAUCCGCAGUUCACCGAGCGCACGUACACGGCGUUUGUGCCAGAGGACUUAGACUACGCGAUGAACCCGAUAGUAGCUCGUAUCCGUGCGACGGAUGCGGACACCGGCGCGAACGCGGCCAUUCGCUACGCGAUUAUCGGCGGCAACACGCAGAACACCUUCUCCAUCGACUCGAUGAGCGGCGAUGUCACUUUGGUGAAGCCACUCGAUUACGAAUCCAACAAGAAUUAUAAGAUCGUUAUACGCGCCCAGGACAGCGGCCUGCCCGCUCGAUCAAACACCACUCAGUUGCUGGUGACGGUCAAGGACAUAAACGACAACGUGCCGAGGUUCUACACCAGUCAUUUUCAAGAAUCGGUGUCGGAGAAUGUGCCACUAGGAUACUCGGUGCUGAAGGUGCAGGCGUACGACGCCGAUGAGGGCAAUAACGCGCUCGUUAAGUACACCAUCGGUCCACGAGAUUUCACUGGCGCCUCCACGGAGAACUUUCCCAUCACCGUAAACACCGAGACUGGCUGGAUCUACACGACGAAGCAUUUAGAUCGCGAACUGUGCUCAAGAUAUCAGUUUACCGUAAUUGCGACGGAUUCCGGCACGGCACCAAAAUCCGCGAGCGCCACAGUGAUUCUCACAGUGAACGACGUGAACGACAACGAUCCUUACUUCGAGUCAAAAAACUACGAGGCCGCGGUGUCCGAGGACGAUCCGCCAGGCACCCCAGUCGCUUCGGUGAUCGCCACUGAUCCCGACGAAGACGCCCGGAUUCAUUAUGAAAUCACAGGUGGAAACACGCGCGGGCGCUUCUCCAUCACGUCGCACAACGGUCACGGCUUGAUCACCAUCGCGCAGCCGCUCGACUACAAGCAAGAGAAGCGAUUUGUGCUGACGGUGACAGCCUCGGACAGCGGUGGGCGAACCGACACCGCUCUCAUCUAUGUCAACGUGUCGGACGCGAACAACUUCUCGCCGGUAUUCGAGAACGCUCCGUAUUCCGUCUCCGUUUUCGAGGACGCGCCGAUUGGCAUGACGGUGCUGGUGGUAAGCGCCACCGACUCCGACGUCGGCAAGAACGCCCAGAUCACCUACAGCCUGGCCACCGACAGCGACGAGCAGACGGUCAGCGAAUUCACCAUUAAUUCGCAGACUGGUGCGAUUACUACGACAAAGACACUCGAUCGCGAACUGGUACCCUCGUACUUGUUGACGGUAACCGCCAGGGACGGCGGAAUGCCGCCGCUGUCGGAUACCACUGACGUGGAGAUUUCUGUCACGGACGUGAACGACAACGCACCUGUCUUCAAGGCAUCGCAGUAUCAAGGCUCGAUUCCCGAGGACGUCUUGGUGGGCACCAGUGUGCUCAGAGUCGCGGCGACCGACGCGGAUGUUGAUCUCAAUGGUCGAGUAAGAUACGCUUUAGAUGACAAUGGCGACGGCGCAUUCGCGAUCGAUUCGAUGACUGGCAUCAUUAGAACUGCAAAAGCUUUGGAUCGAGAAUCAGUGGCGCGUUACGUAUUGAAAGCUGCCGCCAUAGAUCGCGGUUCACCAGCGCUUUCAUCCAUCGUACCUGUCACCAUUAAGAUCGAGGAUAUCAACGACUCGCCGCCCGCUUUCGAGAACGACAAGAUUAUUCUCUACAUCGCCGAGAACUCGCCGAUUGGCUCGACCGUCGGUGAGAUCUACGCUCACGAUCCGGACGAAGGGGUGAACGCGGUGGUGCAAUACAGCAUCAUCGGCGGCGAGGAUUCCAACAGCUUCACCCUAAAUAUUCGCCAGGGAUCCGAUCGAGCGGAGCUCAUCACUCUCGAAGAACUCGAUUACGAGUCGCCGAAGAAGAAGUUUGAACUGGUGGUGCGCGCCGCGUCGCCGCCGCUGCGCUCCGACGCGAUGGUGCAGAUUUUGGUGACCGACGUGAACGACAACGCGCCGGUGCUGAAAGACUUCCAGAUCAUCUUCAACAAUUUCAAAGACUUUUUCCCGAUCGCGCCGAUCGGCCGGAUACCGGCGGUGGACGCCGACGUCACCGAUAAUCUCGUCUACAGCAUCCUCGCCGGUAACAACGCCAAUCUCAUCGACCUCAACAGGACCUCCGGCGAGAUUCGGCUGUCGCCGCAGCUCAACACGAAUGUACCGCGUGUCGCGACAAUGGAGGUCGCCGUGACGGACGGCAUCAACGAGGCGAAGGCCACGAUGACGCUGUCGGUGCGUCUGAUUACCGACGAAAUGCUGCUGAAUUCGAUCACCGUUCGAUUGGACGACAUGACGGUGGAGGCGUUUCUCAGUCCUCUCCUCGGAUAUUUCCUAGACGGUCUGGCGGCCAUCGUCCCGUGCCCGCGCGAGAACAUCUUCCUCUUCAGCAUCCAGGAGGACGUCAACGUACACGCUAAGAUCCUGAACGUCAGCUUCUCGGCGCGCAAGGUGGAGCCCGGCACGGUCGACGAGUUCUACAGUCCGCAGUUUCUUCAGGAACGAGUCUAUCUAAAUCGCGGUAUCCUGGCGAGACUGUCAACCGUGACCGUUUUGCCGUUCGACGACAACCUGUGCGUCCGCGAGCCCUGUUUGAAUUUUGAGGAGUGCCUGACGGUGCUGAAGUUCGGCAACGCGUCCGGCUUCGCCAGCAGCGACACGGUUCUCUUCCGGCCGAUUUAUCCGGUGACGACAUUCGCCUGCAGAUGCGCACGCGGCUUUACGGGCAGUCGCGAGGCCUACAUGUGCGACACCGAGGUGAACCUGUGCUACUCGAAUCCCUGCGUGAACGGCGGCACCUGCCGCAGACGGGAGAGCGGUUACUCGUGCACCUGCGGGCCAAGCUUCACCGGCAACAACUGCGAGAUCUCGCUCGACUACGGCACCUGCUCGCCCGACAUCUGCAGGGGCGGCUCGCGAUGCACCAUAAAGAGUACCGGCGGCUUCGCCUGCGAGGGCUGUCCGGUGUCCGCGCUGGAAAGCGUGACGCCACUCUGCGAGCUGAAGGCGCGCAGUUUCGGCCCGGCGACUUUUCUCACCUUCGCCUCCCUCAGACAACGCCAUCGUCUCCAUCUCAGGCUGAAAUUCGCCACCGAGCUGCCAAAUGGCCUGCUGCUUUACAACGGCAGAUACAACGAGCGCCACGACUUUAUCGCUCUCGAGAUUGUCGACUCGAGGGUGCAGUUCAGUUUUUCUCUCGGCGAUGAGGUGACCAGAGCGACGGCGAGCAUUCCCGAUGGAGUUUCCGACGGCCGAUGGCACGAGGUGAUAGUUUCGUACAUCAACCGGACGGUGACGGUGUCCCUGGACGACUGCGACGUCGCGCUCGCGCUCGAACACGGCGAGAGGCUGGGGCCGAAGUGGGCCUGCGCCGGCAAGAACGAGAGGAUUCUCGAAGAGCGCUGCGGACUCGUCACGGAAACCUGUCACAGAUUCCUGGAUCUCACGGGACCGUUGCAGCUGGGCGGUCUACCGGCGAUCCCGUCCAGUUUUCAAAUCAGAAACAAGGAUUACGUUGGAUGCAUGAGCGAUCUAUACAUCGAUCACGUUUUCGUCGAUUUGAACUCCUUCGUGGCGGACAACGGAACCAACGCCGGCUGCCCCGAGAAGACCGCUUUCUGCGCCUCGUCACCUUGCAGAAACAACGGCAAGUGCCGUGAAAUGUGGUCAGGCUUCGUGUGCGAGUGCGAGGACGACUUCAGCGGGCCCACAUGCACCGAAGAGGUUGGCAAGCCAUGGAGUUUCCAAGGCGACGGUAUGCUGAGCUUCAAUCCACUGCUGAGACCGAUCCAACUACCUUGGUUGAUUGCCCUGAGCCUGCGAACUCGGGCGCAACAGGCGUUUCUGAUGAACGUGCAAGUCGGCCAAAACAGUUCGGCUCUACUGGACAUUCGAGACGGCAAGCUAGUAGUCUCGCUGGACGGCACCGACGUGAUUCGCACCGCCGUCAUUAUCGCCGACGGCGAGUGGCAUCGAUUGGAAAUCUCCUGGCAAAGCGGUCACGUGUCCCUGGACGUGGACUACCGCAAUCGACCUGUGACCCUGCCGCUGCUGGCCAAACUGCAGGGUCUCUACGUCGGCAAGAUCCUCGUGGGCGGUCUGGAUCAGCCGACGAAUUCCGAGUUCAUAUCCUUCAACGGCUGUCUGCAGAACAUACGUAUCGGCACGAAUCAGAGCGUUCUCCAGCGGCCGACCGUCCAGGAGAACGUCGGCACCGGCUGUCCGACGGAGUCCGAAUGCCGGAAACGGAACUGUCCGGAAGCCUCGGAUUGCAUCUCCCAGUGGCAGUCCAGCGAGUGCAUCUGCAUGACCGGUCACGUCGGUCGCGAUUGCGAGCGCGUUUGCGAUUUGGAGCCGUGCAACGGCACCGGCACCUGCGUCGAGGACACGAGCGACGCGAGGCGGGGCUAUCGUUGCGAGUGCAACUCGCCCGAAUACUCCGGCGACUACUGCGAGGUCAAGGCCGAGCAGCCCUGCCCGGCCACGUGGUGGGGCUCGCCGGUUUGCGGACCUUGCCACUGCGACGAGUCCAAGGGCUACGAUCCGGCGUGCAACAAGACCACCGGAGAAUGCUACUGCAAGGAGAAUCAUUAUCAGCCGACCGGACGGAAGGAGUGUAUACCCUGCGAGUGUUACGCGACCGGAAGCUUCGGGCCGCGCUGCGACAGCGAGACCGGCCAGUGUCGCUGUCGGACCGGCGUGAUCGGUCGAUCGUGCACCGACUGUCCGAAUCCCUACGCCGAGGUGACCUUGAGGGGUUGCGAGGUGGUCUACGACGGCUGCCCCAGAUCGUACUCGGACGGUCUCUGGUGGCCGAGGACUCUCUUCGGGAUGACGGCUAUCGAAAGCUGUCCAGACACCGCCGAAGGCAAGGCCUCCAGAUCCUGCGACGAUAAACUGGGCGGCUGGCAGCCGCCCGAUCUGUUCAACUGCACCUCGGAGGCUUUCAUCGAGCAACGAUACCAGCUGGCGGCUCUGGAAACCAAGGAUCUUAUGUUAAACACUUACGUGGCCGUGAAAAUGGCGAAGGAUGUUCACAAAGCGGUGAAUAUCACGAGGGAAAUGUACGGCGCGGAUCUUCUCGUGGCGGAAUCCUUGCUGGUGGCAUUGCUACGUUACGAGGAGAGUCUGGUGGGAUUGAAUUUGACUCACAGCCAGGACAAGGAUUACGUUUCUCAUCUCGUCGGCAUAGCUGGUGCGAUUCUGAGAUCCAAAUACAGGAACAAAUGGGAGAAGAUACAGGAACUUAACGGGGACAGUCCUGAUAAGAUCCUGGACGCUAUGGCGAGCUACUUGAAGACUCUGACAGCGUCCCAGCACGACACUUUCACCAGUCCGUUCGAAGUGGUGGACGGUAACGUUGUGUUGGGUCUAGAUGUCGUAACAUCGGAAAGCCUCUUCGGUUACGAAGCCCCGGAAUAUAUUCCGGGGGAUCCCACCUUGUCGACGGCGAGACCGACGGAAGCCGAUCGUAAAGUCAUCCUUCCCGACACCUCCGAUUUUCUCAGCACUCCGGCGCAUUUCGGUCCGUCUAUCAGCUUCCCGAAAUACAACAAUUACAUGGCCGAUCCCAGUAAAUUUGAUCCGCAUUCGAAAAUUCAAGUGCCUCUCAGCACGCUCGGCAUUAAACCGCUCAUGCAGGGUGAGCUGAAUGUGAAGAACAGCCUGAACAAUCGGAAGGCCGUGCUGAGUUACGUGCAGUACAAAGAACUCGGCACCCUCUUGCCGCAAAGAUUCGACGAUUCGGUGUCGGUUCGAUGGGGUGUGGAGGUAGCAGUUGGCUCGCCUGUGAUGACCGUCUCUGUAUUGGUUCCCUCGGACAACGGUUACGAGUCUUUAACAGGAAUUCCUUUGCAGUCGCCGAUCCAAGUCAGACUUUGGCUUAACGAGAACGAUGAUUUCAAGACCAGAACGAAUCCACAAUGCGUACAUUGGAGCAUGGCGAGAGGCGUGGGCGAAUGGAGUCGAAUGGGCUGCACUACGGAAAUCGAAGACAAUUCUUUAUCUUUCGGCACUAUCGUGAAUUGUUCCUGCAUGAAAUUGUCCACUUUCGCCAUACUGACGGACGUCCUCGACCUGGAAUAUGUCCCCGAGCCAUCGCUGCUGGAGGACGUAACUAGUUACAGCGCAUUCAUGCUUGCCUUACCGCUGUUAUUGACCGCCCUUUUGAUCCUGGCGUUAAUUCGCGGCGGAAGCACCAAUUCUAACAGCAUUCACAAGAAUCUGGUGCUGUGUGUUUUCGUGGCGGAGAUUCUGUAUUUGAUCGCGCUCAAAGCCAGGAAUCCUCUCAUCUCAAAUGAAUUUCCGUGCAAACUGACCGCGAUAGGACUGCAUUACGCUUGGCUGAGCACCUUCGCCUGGACUCUCGUGGAUUCCGUCCAUCUUUAUCGAAUGCUGACGGAGAUGAGAGACGUGAAUCACGGCCAGAUGAGAUUCUAUUACACCAUGGGAUACGGUCUGCCGGCUGUUAUCGUUGGACUCACCAUCGGCGUCAGGGCCGAUCAAUACGGAAACUUUUACUUUUGCUGGCUGUCCAUCUACGAGACCGUGAUUUGGUCUCUAAUAGGGCCCGUCUGCGCGGCCGUAUUGGUGAACUUCUGCAUUCUGAUAAUGUGCAUCCGUGCGGCGUUUACUCUGAAGGAGCAUAUCAUGGGUUUCGGAAAUCUACGAACGCUCUUAUGGCUGUCGGUGGCUUCCUUACCCUUAUUGGGAUCGACAUGGACGCUGGCAGUUCUCAACGCAUCCGAGAACUCGCCAAUACUAUCAUACUUGCUGAGCAUUGCUAUCGUAAUUCACGCAGCGUUCAGUCUGAUUGGCUACUGUUUCAUCAACGGCAGAGUGAGAAGAAAUUUAUAUCAGAGCCUGUUAAGGUGUAUGGGCAAAAAGACGUCCUUGUUGGAAGGCAGCAUGGGCAACGGAAGUAGCAGUCAGAACGUAAAUGGCCACUCGCGCUCGGCGUUAGCUUACUCGUCGACCUACAGCGGAGCAGAAUCUGUGUGCAGAAGAGUUCACGUUGGCGUUUCCACGAGUAGCACGACUUCAAGAAGUACAAAUAAAACGGGCUCAAGCCCGUAUCGCAGUGAUACACACUUGAGACACACAUCAACGUCCACGAGCAAUUACAAUAGUGAUCGGGAUCCGUACUUGUCGUCGAGGAGUCACCGGUCAGCGCUAAACUCUCGACAAGUGGAAACAACGGAAACGCGAGAUCAGCGCAGAGAAUCGGAAUCAGAUUCCGACGGCUCGCAAGCGGAGGGUGGCGGUUUGGAUCUCGCCAGUUCGCACAGCUCCGAUGAGGACGAUGUGACAUCGAGGUCGCACAGGAAUAUGGGAGUGUCCACGCAGCAGCAUGUCACUCACAGCUACCUGCCGAAUAUUCACACUAAUCCUGCUGAACACUUGAACAUACUGUGUUCAAACGCCGAGCUGUUCCCCAACAUCAAGCCCAUCUACGCCCCUCGGUGGAGCUCUCAACUGCCGGAAGCAUACCUGUCAUCGAAUGUAAUGGACGUACGCGGCAGCCAAUGGUCCGGCGGCACCAUGUCAGACAAUGAGAUGGCUUCGAACAAGACGUCAAGCCCGAACCCGCUGCCGUAUCCGGAAAUGAGCUCGCCGCCGAAGAGCCAGCCGGACGAAAACUAUUCGGAAGGUGAAGAGAAGGUGCACCACCUGGGCGAAAAGUACUUGUUCCCUUACACAGCCGAGGAGGAUCAUACGGUGUCGCCCACCCCGUACAUGUUGUCCAUGUCGUCGCGUAUCCUGGCGUCCAGCAUGAGCCACCAUUCGCAGAACUCGAAUCACGAGAAUCUGAGCGGCUCUGAGCAGCGUUACGGCAGCCUGAAGCGCGGUCAGAGUCUGCACGGCUCGCAGCAUGACAAUCUCAGCGGUUCCGAGAGGUACGGCAGCUUGAAACGCGGCAAGAUGGCCGCCUCCGCGGUGCUGGAGAACACGCCGGAAUAUAUUUUGCCGAUGAGCGGCAGGAUACUGUCGAGCUCGUUGACGCACGAUCUGCAGCACAGCAAUGAACUGGCGGCGCUCAGGCAGCAGCAACAGCAGCAGCCGCAUUAUGAGCAAACAAUCACUGAAACUGAGUGGCAUUGGAACAUUCUAACAUAACUAUCUUUUCUGUGAUCCCUGCUUACCCUGACGACUGUCGAUAUUAUUAGCGAGGAGGUAAGCUUGACAAUUUUUUAUAUAUCGCUUUGUAAUCUGUAAAGAUCUGUUUACAAAUCAGUGAUCGCCAAUGCUCGAUAAUUCCCGAUUAAAUUCAAAUAAUUCUUCAUUCUUACAGGAAGGAUACUAAUGCGGAAACGUCCGUCUGACGAAGUCCGUGCCACAAACGAGACAACGUACAAAGUAAUUUAGCUUACACCUAAUUUAAGUGUCCAACGCGCAAUAAAGACUCGAACGAUCCUCGAUAUAUAUUUUAAGAAGCGGCCAUGACUGUGUACUUACAUACUUAGCCAUAUUAAUUAGCAUGUAUGUGUGAGUACCUGUUCAUAUAUAUUGCAUAUGGAAGGUCCGUCGGAGUAAUUCUGAGAGGUAAAUGUCGCACUGAAAUAUUUUCCGAUAAUUUAAUCAAAUUAAAAUGUUGAAAAAUUAUAUCAUUAAACGAAUAUUCAAAAUAUCCGCUUGUGUCACAUCGGAAAAUGUCGCAGUGUCACGUUUAUUUCGUCGCAAUUGAAGGACUCGUUGCAAGGAAGAGGUGAAUUCGUAAUUUAUAAAUUUUAUUUUCGAUAGAAUUUCGCAUUGAAAAUAGACGUUGCAAAUUAUAGAUUCACCUCGUUUGCGCCGAAUCGUCUGACCGCUCUGACCGACCCGACACAAAAUACUCCUGCGCUUAAUUAUUACUUUUGACUUAGGAGCGGCUCGGCCCCGCAUUGCGAAUCUCCGAUUCUCAAUGAAUGAUCCUUGCCGCUGAUUUGGCAAUGGCGUUCGGAAGAGCACGGAGAACAAAAAUGAUCUCUAAGCAUUGUCGCAUACUCAUUAGUCUCAUUCCAUCGUACAUUUAGGUUCUCUCUAUUCUUAAGCUCAAUAUUGUGCAAUGUAUACAUUCCACUGCCUGUCCUUUCUCUCGUAUAUAUGUAUAUGUAUAAUUUUAGUUUCAUUUUUUUUUAUAUAGAAGUUUACAAUCUUUUCCCUUAUUUUACAUGCCAUGAAGAUAAAGACGAAGAAGAAGAAGAAGUAGCACAAAUCGAGAAGCGUACUUUUCGUACUUUUGUAUAUAUGCUUAUACGACAAAUCGAACAAAGAAUGAAAUACAUAAUUUAUAUACUCUUCA